AUGGCCUCUCUUACGAUCAAUUCCACUUUCGCCCUCAAGACUGGUCAUAAGCUCCCUCGGCUUGGAUUCGGAGUCUGGGUAUGUACCUUGAACGCUAGGGGUUUCACAUGUCAAGCUACUCCCCAUUGCACGGAGCAUCGUCCCAACUUGUAUCUAACAAGCCUCGCCUUGCGCAGAUGGUGCUGAUAUCGCACAGGACAGCCCUCAAAACCUGACAGUCCAAUCAUGUCUCUCAGCACUUCAGUCGGGAUAUCGCCAUAUCGACACCGCACAGGUUUAUGGCAAUGAGGCCGAGGUUGGCGAGGCAGUCCGCAAAUCUGGGAUUCCCCGAAAGGAUGUCUUCAUCACAAGCAAGAUUGUGAGCCCGGAGUCCGACGCUGCUGCCACCUACCAGAAGUGCUUGCAAAGUGUGAAGACGAUUGAUGGCGAGAAUGGCUACCUGGAUCUACUCCUCAUUCACAAUGUCACGCCUGGAGCGGCAGGUAUCCAGAUGAUGUGGCAAGCAAUGGAGAAGCUGUACGAAGAAGGCAAAUGCAAAUCCAUUGGCGUGAGCAACAUGGGUAUUGGAUACAUGGAAGACAUGAAGAAGUAUGCGAAGAUCUGGCCGCCGCACGUUGAGCAGAUUGAAGUGAGUACACGAAUCUCUAGGACGAAGAUCUAUGCUGACCUUUCUAGCUCCACCCAUGGUGUCAACAGCGCGAGAUUGUCGACUAUUGCGACAAGCAGGGUAUUGCGGUCGAAGCUUACUGCCCGCUGGUUCGGAAUCAGAAGGCCGACGAUGCCACUCUGAAAUCUAUCGCUGAGAAGUACGGCAAGUCAACCGCUCAGGUGCUCGUCCGAUACUGUCUGGACAAAGGCUGGAUCCCACUGCCGAAGAGCGACAACCCGGACAGAAUCAAGCAAAACGCGAGUGUGUACGACUUUGCGCUCGACAAGGGUGAUAUCAGCCAGCUCGAUGCGAAGGACGAAGGUUCGAAAGGCGCGUUGGUGGUAGCCGUUGACAACGAGAAGCGGUCGUGA